CCGCGACGCCGAGCCGUGAGGACGUCCCGCGUACGGCAAUCGCGAUCGCACAAGUGACUAGUGCUCCGUAACUGUGACAGUGACUGUGAUUGCGUGUAAUGCAUAGUGUUUGAAUUGUGUCACGUGUAUUCACAGGUAUAUCCAGAUUUCAAUACAGUUGCGAAUUUGAAACUGUAAAGUGUUUUCAAUCCUAUAAUGGAUACGCGGGAAGAGCAUGGCAGCCUGGUGUCCCUUCCCGCCAUCCACACGUGACGUCACCGCCGGACAAAAAUGGCGUUGCACGUCGCGCUAUUCCUCGUACUUUGCCUCGUCCACUGCGAUACCAAGACCGUGCUGCAAGAUAAACUUGCUGGCGUGCGCACGGUGGACGUACAGGCCGUGGAAGGCAUGGUGGCACAAUUCCCCUGUGACCUGGGAACCGCCGCUAACGAUAAGGUCUACAUGGUGUUUUGGUUCCGGGACGAUGCUGGGAUACCACUGUACAGCUUCGACGUCCGCGGCAAGCACCUGUCAGAAGCGCGCCACUGGUCCGCGCCGGAGGUGUUCGGCCCCCGCGCGCACUUCUCCACCUCACCUCCGCCCGCGGCGCUUCUCGUGCGUGACGUGAAGCGCCGCGACGAAGGCGUCUAUAGAUGCCGUGUCGACUUUCGCAACACGCAAACCACAAGCUUUCGCUACAACCUCACCGUCGUAGUGCCUCCUGAAAAACCUGUGGUCGUGGAUCGUUGGGGGAAAGUAAUCAACGCCACCACACUUGGACCACACGAAGAAGGCGAGGAUGUACUACUCACAUGCCGUGUAUUAGGAGGUCGACCAGAGCCUUCAGUGCAAUGGCUGGUGAACGGGGUGCUGGUCGACGAAGAGUAUGAGCACAACACGGGUGACGUCAUCGAGAAUCGGCUGCUGUGGCCUGCGAUACGCCGCGCCGACUACGCAGCCGUGUUCACUUGCCAAGCGGCCAACUCACAUCUGGUGCCACCCAAGGAGGUCUCAUUAGUGCUAGACAUGUUCCUAAAGCCACUGACAGUGGAGAUAAAGAAACCAUCAGAAAUGGGCGAAGGCGGAGUUCUUACUGCGGAACGGCGGUAUGAAGUCACUUGCGAGUCCGCCGGCAGCCGUCCGCCUGCUAUGAUAACAUGGCAUAAAGGCAAACGACUUCUCAAAAGAAUCACGGAGGAACAUCGCAACAAUCUGACUGUAAGUGUCUUGAGUUUCGUCCCGACUCUUGACGAUGAUGGAAAGGCGAUCACAUGUCGAGCUGAUAACCCAAACAGGACAUCCCUCUACCUAGAAACUUCAUGGACCAUCAGUGUCGUGUAUCCUCCAGUAGUGCGCCUGCGAUUAGGCAGCUCACUAGCCGCAGGCGACAUUAAAGAAGGCGACGACGUGUAUUUCGAAUGCCACGUACGAGCAAACCCACCAGCUAGGAAGUUAUCAUGGUUACAUGACGAUCGGCCCUUGGCACACAAUGCGACGGCGCGCGUGUUCCACAGCAACCAGAGCCUGGUGCUGCAGAAGGUCACGAGGCACAGCAGCGGCCGGUACGCCUGCUCCGCUCUCAACGCAGAGGGGGAGACCGUCUCCAACGAGCUCCAUUUCAGGGUAAAAUAUUCGCCGUCGUGCCGGAGCGGCGGCGUGUCGGUGGUUGGUGCCGCCCGCGGCGAGUCGGUCGUAAUCGUAUGCGAGGUGGACGCCGACCCACCCGCAGCUGUCUUCAAGUGGAAGUUCAACAACUCCGGCGAGACUAUCGACGUCGCCGCCGACCGGUACACAUCCAACGGCAGCGCCUCCAGCCUUAAAUAUACCCCAGUCGCUGAUUUAGACUAUGGAACUCUUUCCUGUUCCGCUUCCAACGAAGUAGGCACACAAGUCACGCCUUGCGUCUUCCAAAUGGUGGCUGCUGGUAAGCCACACCCACCUCGUAACUGUACACUGUGGAACCAGACUGUGGAUUCCGCGGAGGUAUCCUGUGUGGCGGGCUUUGACGGCGGCCUGCCGCAGCGGUUCCUAUUGGAAGUUUACUCUGCCGACGGAGUCAAACCCAGGGUAAACCUAUCGUCUGAAGAGCCGUCGUGGACGGUCCGAGGCUUGGAAUGGGACGUGAGGUUCCGGCUGGUAGCAGUGGCCGUCAAUGCUAAAGGUCGUUCGUCUCCCGCGCGGUUGGACGACCUGCUGUUCAGCGACCCGGAGAAAAGAACAGCGUCAGAAGCGCCGCUGGGCGUAGGUGGGAUGGUGGGGGCAGCGGGGGCGGGCGCAGGCGCGAUAUGCGCGUUGCUAGCGGGUGCGUGCGCGUUGUCACUGCGCCGGCGCCGACGACCGCCCCCGCACAAACCACCGGCGCCCGCGCCCGCGCCCCCGCCGCCGGACCUCGACGACGCAGAGCCUGACCUCAUACCCAACAACUACUGUGAAGCGGCAAGCGCGCCCAGUCUGGCAGUGUCAUCGCCAGGCAGGACGGCGCCUGCGCCUCUCUCUACACCGGCAUGCAACGGACCAGGAGCGUCUUGGACAUGGAGUGCCCGUUCGCGCGACUUGAGCGCGCCCGGCGGGGGCGCUUUGACGGAGGGCGCGGUAGGGCGCGCGAUGGGGCGCAGCGCGUCCGCGACAUUACGGGCCGCGCCAGACCUCAACGUGGACGCCAUCAAGGAGAAACUACUGGACCACCGCAUCCCAGAGUCCUGCGUCUAGUCACUAUAGUUGUUAGUUCGGAUGAACCUCAACCGCCGCUGCGUACACCCAGGUUUAUAAGUAGAUGUUGGAAGGAAUCUCGCUGAUCAUUCAUUAAAUUUCAAUCGAAAACAAUCAUGUUUGUAUUCGUACACUUACAACUACUAUAUGUUGGUUAAUGUUAUUUUGUCUUAUAUUCCAUUUUUCUUCAUGAUUUUUUUAAUUAACAUAAUUAUAAAUAAUAUAAUAGAUAUUAUCUAUUUACUCGGCUUAUUCAUUGAACUGAAAAUAUUAAAACAACUUCCUAACUAGUGUAUUGCAAUUUGACUUGUAAAUACGUGAUUGUAUCAACUAACUAAGUUUGGUCUCUACGUCAAAGGGUGUUGCGUAGGGUGGUCGGUGAAUCCUUUGUACAUUCCUUGCGAGCGUUGUGUAAAUGUUGUAGGUAGGUAGACAUUUUCUCGACUUUUUACCCGCGACUGAACAAGACUUUCAUGAUCUUCUGCGCGUCCCUCUGAAAAAAAUGUAGUGUAACAAAAUACAGGAAUAGUGUAAAGUGGCCCCUCUGAACUUAUUAUGAUACUCAAAGGUAACUUGUUUGACUUAGUACCUUGUACUGUGAACUUUAUUGCAUUGGGCUAUAUAUAUAUAUAUAUAGGUAAUACACUAAAGACCUCUGGAAACGGCAAAUCACGGGACUGAAAACUGAACUCACCAUAACGGGAAGCAAAUAAAAGUAUUGCUAUCAUUCUAUCUAAGCAGAUAGCCCAUGACAAGAUAAUUUCGAAAACAAUUGACAAGCACUCUCGGUAAUCGUCAGUUUUUUUUUCUCUCUCGUGCUUCUCCCACACCUAUGCGACGAAGCUCUGGGUGGUUUUGGUUCUAAAAGCGCUAAUAUUAGCGUUGGAAAUUUCAAAAUUAGUUCUGUCGUACAGAAUAAUCGGGCUGUCUAUCUUUAGACGCUAGAUAAUAGCUUGACUGGUAAUAAUUUGACACGCAUAAAAGAGAUUGUGGGAGAAGAGAAGUAUUGCACUUAUGUGUUUUUAAUGCCGAAUCUUAAAAAUAAACUUUGUCUAUAACAUAAUAAAUACAUUGUUGGGGUGGACCACCCUCAUCACUUACGGGUACGAAAAAUAGUUUACGUCCUAUUCUCAGACCUACUGAACAUAGACAAAAAGGUUUCAUAAGAAUCGGUCAAGUCGUUUCAGAGGAGUUUUGUUACAAACACUGUGACACGAGAAUUUUAUAUAUUAGAUAACGAAGACGCGCGAAGAUCAAAUAACUUACCGCAUUAAAUUUGUUUAAAAAUAAACUCUGUGAUGUAAAUAAUAGAGUCUAAGUCUUUGCCACUUUUUUACAUGUCUACUUUAGCUCCUAAUCUACCGUUUAACGAUUCGAUUGAGAGGUAAAUGGAUCUAUCGUUAAAAUUAUAUGUAAAAAUUAAUUAAAUGAAACUAUGUAAAUAGUGUUUGUACUUGAUUCUUAAGGUUUUAUGGUCGGCUUAGGGUUGUCGCUGCCGGGCAAAACUACAGCCCUAAAUAAUACUGUGUGUUAUAAAUUGUACAGGUUAUUUAUUACGAUAGUAUAUUUUUUUUUUUGUAAAUGUAAAUUAUGUUUAGUGAACGUGUAUUUUGCGAUUAUAUCCGUGCGUUUAUAACAAACAUGCUUACAAAAGAAUUCUUCUGGUUACGUACAUGGUAAAAUGAACUUUAUAAAAAUAUUUCGCACACAUCGCUCGCAGAAAACCUGACAGCCUAGAGAAGCUGAUGGUGGUUGACCAGGUCGACGGGAGAAGAUCACGCGGUCGCUCACAUACCCACUGGGCAGAUCUAGUAAAGUCACUCACUGGCCUAUCAAUAACCAAGGCUAUAAAGACUGCCGAGGACAGUAAUACGUGAAGAAGCAUAGUAUAUCAGGUGGUCAACAUUUCAAGUUAGACACGACAUUCAGAAAUGAAGAUAGCGACUAAGAAGAAGACGUACAUGGUCGUAACAAGGUGUCAAAAAAUAUAAAACUUUUAUAAUGUAUAUUAUUACUUUCAGCAAAUUUAUGAACACCUAGUGAUGUGUAACUUAUUUUAAGUAAAUACGAAUUAUCUAGGUACCUAAGUAGUUAAUAAAUUAAUGUCCAUAAUUUUGGUUUUGGUAUAAAUAAGUUUCCGUUGCUAUACCUAAAAUUUAAAUGGGCAUAUCAAUACAUUGUUUAAAGUAAAAUCAUUUUCCGCGUUUGACUGUAUGGUAUAUCCGCUUUUGGUACCUACUCUUUUGUCCAUCAACAUCACACGGAAGAUUCAUAUAUUAUAUAUAUAUAUAUAGUACAAGCCCGAAAACAAAAACCUAAGUUAUUAUGAAAUUUAGAAAAAGUUUUGUAAGCAUGUUUGUUUAUUUUAACAACAAUAAGACAUAUCUCGAACAAAUUGUGCGUAUCAUUCAAUAUGCGUAUCAAAUGUUUUUCGCUUAAGUUACGAACAGACUGACAAUGAAAACUUGUAGAUAUCAUUACAUAAAAAACUGUUAGAUAAUUUAAUCUGUUUUAAAUAUAAGAGGUGAUUUGUUAUUAUGGAAAUUUAAACAACUCCAAGAGUUCGCCCUAAUGUUGACACAUUUAUUUUGGACGAGAUUAAAGGUUGU